AUGGGCGACGUGAUGGACGGGAGCUCUGAGGGCUCGGACGAGUACGUGGACGGCUCGAUCUACCGCGUCAAGCUGCACAACUUCUUGACCUACUCCGAUGCCGAGUUCUACCCUGGACCACGUCUAAAUCUGAUCCUGGGACCCAAUGGAACCGGUAAAAGUUCCAUUGUCUGUGCACUCUGCGUCGGUUUGGCCGGCAGCACGAAGUUCGUACGCCACGAGAAGGAGAGCGGCUACACAGAGAUCGAGCUGUUCUUCGAGCGCGGCAAUAAGGUCAUCAGACGCAACAUCUUCAGGGACAACAAGAGCACGUGGCAGGUCAACGGCAAGGACUCGACGCUUAAGCACGUGGCGGGCAUCAUGGAGGCGGCCAGCAUUCAGAUCGACAACUUGUGCCAGUUCCUGCCGCAGGACAAAGUGGGCGAGUUCUCGCGGAUGAACGCCGUACAGCUGCUCAAGGCCACAGAGAACGCCAUCACGGACAGUGACUUGGCUACUAAACACGAGGAGAUCAUUGAGCUGCAGCACAGCAUGUCAGACAAAGGACGGGAACUGGAACAUGCGCGUGCUGCGCUAGAGCUCAAGAAGAGCGAGAAUGCUCAGAGACAGAAAGAGGUGGAGCGUAUUGAGGACUACGAAGCUCGCAUUGAGGAGACGGCGGUGAUGGAGAAGAAGUGUUUGUGGCUCGAGUUUGAGAAAGCGAAAGCUGAGGUUGAGGAGCUCAAGGAAGAGAAGCUACGAUGCAAGGAAGCGAUAAAUAAAGAGCGCAAAGAGAAGAUCGAUCCUCUUGUAGAGCUCUUAAAGAAAGAGCAGAUUAAACUGGAGGACGUGAAGGCGGAGUAUGCGAUGAAUUUUUACAGUGCAGUCGCUACCAUCAGUGUGCUAACCACAUGUGUUCGUGUCAAAACCAGGAAGACGGAGGUGGAUGGUGAGAAGAAAGAGCUUGUUGAGAGCAUUCGAAAGGAGAAAAAGCACAUUGAGAACAUGGAAGGCGCCCAGAGUCAAACUCUGUCAGAUGUCAAGGAAUUGCGCAACCAGCACAACUCGACUCGCCGGAAACUCGAGCGUCUAGAACGCGAUGUGGCAGACUGGCACAAGGAGCGCGAGGGGAUGGCGAAUGAUGACGACCUUAGAGAGCAAAAGGAGCAGCUGGAAAGGCAGCAGCGUGCAAAAGAUAUGGAGGAAACGGAAAUCCGCAGUAAGAGAGAAGCGCUUUCUCGUGAGCUAUCGUACAUUGACAGUGAGCGCCGGAAGGUGACCAGCAAGCUCGAGAAACUAGACAAUGAGGAUGUACAGCGACGCCUUGCUCUCCAGAGGGCUGAUCCCGACUGCAUCCGUGCUGCGGAUUGGGUGAAGAGUAACCAGCAUCGGCUGAAGCGGAAAGUGUGGGGUCCUAUUGCACUCGAGAUGAAACUCAACGAGACUAUGCACGCCAAGUACGUUGAAGAUACUCUUCCCAAGUGGCUUUUGGGAGCACUGGUAGCCGAGAGCUACGAAGACUACAACACAAUUCUUCGGGAGGUGAACAAUGUCGAUUCAGACCGCCGUAUCAAAGCUUCGAUUGUGAUCGUGGAAAAUGGCACAUGCCACGCUGUUCAUCGACCAUACUCGCCAGGACAGAUGGACGAUUAUUGCCAAAGGUAUGGCAUGAAAGGCUUCCUGGAUGAGCUGGUGGCCGCGCCUGAUAUCGUUCACGAGGCUCUUCGAGCCCACGGAGGCCUCCAUACUGUUAUGGUUGGCUCUCAGCAGACGGAAGAUAUUAUAAACAGAGGUGGGCAGAUCUUCAAUGACAUCGCUUCAUCCGAACGGAAGUCAGCAUUCGUGACUCCAUACAAGAAAUACGUUACCUCAGUUUCCAAGUACGGCAACCGUAACGUGACAACACGAACGAACGAUCUGUUGAACCCUCGUUUGCUGGCUGCGUCGACUUCGAACGAAGACGAGAAAGCUGAAAUGAAGAAAAUUCUGGACGAUUUAGAAGCCAGGGAGAGACGCAUUCAAGUAGAGAUCACGGAUCUUAAGGAGCAAGAGAAACAGUACGCCGAAGAGAAGCGAAAAGCCCAACAUCGAAUCACUGAAAUUCGCUCCCAACGGAAGGCGAUCAUUCGUUUGGAUGAUAAGAUUACCGAGGGGGAUAACAAGAUUUACUCGUUGAAGAGUGAACUGGCACAGGAUGUCUCGUCAAAGGAGGAGGCAUUGACGCGAAAACUUAAGAACCAAGCAUCCAAACAAGCCCAGCAGAUCAAACACUGUUUGGAGCUUUCGAGGAAAUUGUUUAAGACUAGUGCUCGUGAGGUAUGCCUAUCACUGCAGCUCGGCACACAACAAGUUCGCGUGGAGUUCACGCAAAAACACUUGAAGCAAACUGAGACCACUCUUCGGAACCUCAAGGAAGCCCACAAGCUCGCAAAAGAUAACCUGCUGACUGUGGCGAGGAGGGCGAUGGACGUGAAGCGCAAAGCAGAGGAAGAAGCUCCGUGGGAUGACUACGAAAAGCGCUUUAGCCAGCUUCCAGACGAUUUGGAUGAGUUACUCGGCAAGAUUGAAAACAACAAGGCAGCGCUGGAAUGCUUCCGCGGCGACAGAACUAUUCGCGAACUUUAUGAACGCGUGCGUGACGAAAUUCGGGAUGACGAAGUCCAUCUGGCUGACUUGGAAAGCUUCGUCACUGAUGGCGAAGACAAGAUCAACGGAAUUAAGGGUAAAUGGCACGCCGACCUCAAAGAUGUGGUGGAACAUAUCGACACCUCGUUCAGGGAAUUCUUCAAGGAUAUUGGCUGUGUUGGUGAAAUCUUGCUGGAUGACGAAGAUCCGGAUGUUGCGAAGUGGGGCAUCCAACGCCGCGCUCAGUUCCGUAAGAACACGAAGCUUUCGACAAUGACUGCUGAGGAGCAAUCUGGAGGAGAAAAAUCUGUCGGAACGAUCAUGUACCUGAUGGCUCUCCAAAGCCUCACCAAGUGCCCAUUCCGAGUGGUGGAUGAAAUUAACCAAGGCAUGGACGUGUACAAUGAGCGCAAGGUGUUCCAGCGGAUCACCAAGUCUUCUUGUGGAAGCAAGUUGCCUCAGUACUUCCUCAUCACACCAAAGCUCAUCACGGGGCUUAAUUAUCACCGCGACACGAAGGUUAUGGUCAUUCUCAACGGGCCAUACAACAAUAUCCAGCAAGAGUUGUGGGAUCCUGACCGCUUCGUCGCCUGCGGUAAACAAGGGAAGCGUAAGGGCGACGGCGCAGUCAACGGCUCGUCCAAAAAGCGUAUCCGAGCGUAAGUUCGACUCUACGUGGGUUCCCGUUGACUAUUGCACGUCGAAAGACACUGUGAGUCCAUGGCGCAGCGAGAUGUUGCAUGCUGCGGGGAGCAAUAUAAUAGUCAAGGUUCUUCA